AUGGACAAACUGGGAGCUAACAUCUCCGCUGUUGAGAAUAUUGUCAAAAGAAUCGAGAUCAAUACUCUCAUCGAAGUCAAUGCACAGAAGCAACGCGUCCUCAACUACUUCAUGAAGGCAGACCCACAAGAUGACCUGGCGACCAGUAUCAAACUGCGACAUUCAAUGACAGGGCUCUGGUUGACAGAACCCACAGACUUUAUUCGUUGGAUAGACACGCCUGGGUCCAAACUGUGGUUGACUGGUAGAUCUGGCGCAGGAAAGACUGUCCUGGCUGGGUCAGUCAUACAGGAAGGUCUUUCUCGGAGUCAUCCAAGCAACAACAUUGGGGUGGCGUUAUUCUUCUGUGACGAUAAAGACUCGAGGACCUGGGAGACUAUCAACAUCCUUGGAGCAAUAGCCAACCAGCUCGCCCGUCAGAAUAAAGAGGCACGAAGAACUGGCGAUAGGGAACACGCUACGCAUUCACAAUUCCAUUGCAUGUUGCUUCAUGGCUUGGAAAUAAGUCGGAUGUAUCCCUGA